AGACAACCUAUUUUUCACAUAAGAAUGAAGCUGUUCAUUGGGCUACUCCUUUUGAGUAUCAACUUUUCUGAUUCUCAUGGUGCAAUCAUCUCGAAUGGCGUGAAUCCUCAUUCCAACAACUUGCGAGCAAGAAAUUUUAACAAGCUAGUAGCCAGGCAAGACCAAACAGGAAAUCUUCAAACAUUCAAUGGAACACUUGGAUCCCGGGCCCCUAAGGUGACAAAGCAAGGGGACAUUUUUGUUGUCGAGUUCGGUCCAGCCGAUGAGACGUUCAGACAAUCAAUAGAUGCCAUCAUACGGUCAUGUGACCGACAGUCCAAUCGAUGUGCAGAUUUCUUCAACAGGAAGGGCCAAUCUGAGACAAAAGAAUGUACUCUCCAACUCGAGGCUUGCAAAAACCUUGCCAAUUCACAACAAGCAGGCCAAAAUUCCGGAAACAAUAAUGGGAAUGUACAGGAUCAGAAUGGAGCAAAUAAUCAAACAAACCAGGUUGAUCAAAAUACACAGCUACAAAAUGGGCCUAUUGGACUAACUGGACAAAAUGGACAAACUGGACAAACUGGACAAACUGACCAAAAUGGUCAAACUGGUCAAACUGGUCAAACUGGUCAAACUGGUACAACUGGUCAAACUGGUCAAAAUGGACAAACCGGACAAACUGGACAAACUGGACAAACUGACCAAAAUGGACAAACUGGUGGACAAACUGGACAAACUGACCAAAAUGGACAAACUGGUGGACAAACUGGACAAACUGGUCAAGAUAUCCCAAACAUCCAAAAUCAGCCAGGGCAAAAUGGACAGCCUGCACCAACUGAGCCAACUGGAGUUACUGGACCACCUGGAUUGACUCUACCACCUGGAUUAACACCAGGACUAAAUGGACCACCUGAAUUUAUUCCUGGAUUGGCUGGACCACCUGGCUUAACUGGACCACCUGGCUUAACUGGACCACCUGGCUUAACUGGACCACCUGGUUUAACUGGACCACCUGGAUUGACUGGGCCACCUGGUUUAAAUGAGACCACUGGAAUCCCUCCACCACCUGGAUUGACUGGACAAACUGGAUUAAAUGAGACUACUGGAUUAAAUGGAACGACUGGAUUCAAUGGGACAACUGGAUUCAAUGGGACAAUUGGAUUCAAUGGAACAACUGGAUUCAAUGGAACAGUUGAAUUGACUGGAUUGAACGGAACAACUGGAUUGAAUGGAACAACUGGAAUAACUGGAACAACUGGAUUAAAUGGAACAUCUGGAUUGACUGGGACAUCUGGAUUGACUGGAACAACUGGGAUCAAAUGGAACACCUGUAUCAACGGCACAAACUGGAUUGACUUCAUUGACUGGGACAACUGGGUUAAAUGGAACAUCUGGAUUAAAUGCAACAAAUGGAUUAAAUGGAACAACUGGUUCAACUGGACAAACUGGAUUGACUUCAUUGGCUGGAACAUCUGGAUUGACUGGAACAAUUGGGUUAAAUGGAACAUCAUCUGGAUUAAGUGGGACAACUGUGUUCAAUGGAACAAAUGGAUUGAGUGGAUCAACUGGAUCAACUUCAACAGCCACAUUGACUGGAACAACUGACUUGACUGGAAACAAUGGAUCAAAUUCAACAACUGGAUUGAAUGUGACAGCUGGAAGAAAUGGAUUAACUGGACAAACAG